CAGAUAAAUUUUCUGAUUUAUCAAAAAAUAAAAUUCCAAAAACACCUGUUGAUGAGGAAUUUGAAGAUGUUCCAAAAACAUCUAUUAAAGAAGAACCAGAUAUUGAAGAAAUGGAAGAUGUUAAAUUUCCAGAAAUAAAUACUGUUGAAGAAAUGACAGGUGUUAUUUCUGGAACGAUACAAAUGAUUAAAAAUAUGGAAGAUGAUAAUGAUAUUGAAAAUUUUGGAGAUGAUGAACAUUGGGAUUUAUCUAUUUGUUUUCUUCAACAAAAUAACCAACCUUUUGAUUGGAACGUAUUACCAGCUAAUUAUCAACAAAUAACACAAUUGUAUCGUAUAGCAUUGUAUUAUAAAAAAAUGAUAGAAAGAGUUCCCACGAAUCCACAAAUAACUUAUCAGUAUAUUCAAAAUAUAUUAGUAAUCAAUGAGAUUAAACUAUAUAAAAAAGAAGAAGAUAUAAUA